AUGUCACAGCUCGGCCAUUUACAAAUAGACGAACCGUCAUCUUUGCCUCUGAAUUCACCUCAAGAAACACAAUUCAACGUUUCACCAUCUUUAACUUUCAAUUCACCCCAUGAAGCAAUAAAGAUCGAUGCGCCUCUAUCAUCUUCGGCAGCCAUUUACAUGCAUAAUCAACAAGGUGAUACGAAUAAUCUUGCAAUUCACAAUUAUCAAGACCAUGAUGUGAAUAAUUUUACAGAUAUUCAAAAUUCGAGCACCAAUGUAUUUUUCUUUGAAAAUAACGAUGAAACUCAAAAUAACAUAACUAUUGAAAACGGUGAUGAUAAUGACUUAAUUGAUGCUUCAUCGUUCACCAGUAAUUUGUCGCCGAUGUUUUCGCCAUUAUUUCAAUCGGAAGAAGAAAUUUUAGCUAUAUUUUUUGAUAUUUUUUUAAGUUAA